AAAAAGGGAACUUCGGGAUAGAAACAAGGAAACGUCAAUAGAUGCAAAAACUAUCGGAGCAGUUUUGCAAGAGUAUUUUCAGUAAUUUUAGUUGAAAACAUUGUGAAAAUUGCUACAAAAAUGUGCAUUUCUGUAGUGAGUUGGACGUGACGAUGAAAUGGCAAAUCAAUUUUCUGCAAGCACAUGCAUUGCUUGGAAAAUACUGCUAUGAACAUUUGAUACAGAAUCCUAAUGGACUAAUAAUAUUCACUGUUCGAAAAUUGGUGUAAAAGGGCAAUUGCUGAGGAUACGCAAGACUAUCUAAUAAAACAAAGGCCUAUACUCUUAUAACGAGGGGUGGAGAAAUAGUGAAAAUGAAGAAUUUAGCUGUCGUGAAACAAAUGCUGGCAUUGUUUUUACUAACUCUGACUGUAAUUGGAACCACACCCGGUCGAAGUUUACUAGUCUCCGCAUCGGCAGAGGGUCUUCGAGAUAAGGAAAGCCUUUCUACCGCGGGUGCCGAUUGGGAUGAGCCUUUGGACGAGGAGGAAGGAUAUUGUGCGCCCUAUAAUGGGAAGGUGUGCAAAUCGUUCAUGAACAGCCGGCAGGUGUGGUACAGUCGAGAGGACGGAACGGGUGGUUGGGAAAACGAGAAAAUUGCGGCUGCAUUGUUUCGUGAUUUGAUAAACGAUCUGUCGGAUUACUGUCGACCGGCUGCGGAGAAAAUGCUUUGUGCGUAUGCUUUCCCUCAGUGCGUUAUCAAAGACGGUGUGACUCUUCGUUUGCCUCUGUGCUACGAAGAUUGCGUGGCUACACAUCUGCAAUUUUGCUAUAACGAUUGGGCCCUUAUAGAGGAAAAGAAAGAACGGGGCGAUGUCAUCAAAUCCAGAGGUCACUUUCGGUUGCCAAAUUGCGAAGAGCUUCCCCGACACAACAAAAGUGCCCGACCGUCCAGUUGUUCCCAUGUUGGGCUCACAGAGUUGAUUCAGGAAGAAGUUACAUAUGACUGUAGAAUGGGAAACGGUCGAUACUAUUUGGGCACGAUGAACUUAACAGCAACCGGUAUCCCCUGCCAGAAAUGGGAUUCUCAGGAACCGCAUUCCCAUCAUAAGCCACCGCUGGUAUUUGCUGUGUUGCAAGAUGCUGAAAACUACUGUCGAAAUGCAGGCGGCGAGGAACCGACACCUUGGUGUUACACGACUAACAAAACAGUUCGCUGGCAGGCUUGUGAUAUUCCACUUUGUCCAAACUCUACCGACAUUAGUGCUACUAAGAAACCUAUAAGCAUCGUGAUGGAGUCGGUGUUCACCCCAUCGAUGAUCUUCUUGCUCUCUGGCAUCGGGUUCGUUGCAAUCGUGCUACUCCACCUGAUGGUGUUUCUAUGUUACCGGAUCACUCGGUAUAAUCGCAACCGCCGACAGGGUACAGCUGGGUACAAUGCCACCUCAACGCAGGAUACGCAAGGUAUCGACAUCAACAAAUUACCCAGUAAUAUGAACUAUCACCGAACCGGUACCCAACUGAAUCCAAAGCUGGAAAAGCUCGAAUUUCCUAGGAAUAAUAUUAUUUACAUCAAAGACUUGGGGCAGGGCGCAUUCGGACGCGUUUUCCAGGCAAAGGCUCCGGGAUUGAUCGUUGGGGAGGAUUUUACACUAGUUGCCGUUAAGAUGCUAAAGGACGAAGCUAGCCAAGAUCUGCAGGUAGAUUUUGAGCGUGAGGCAUGCCUGCUGGCCGAGUUUGAUCAUCCGAAUAUUGUGAAACUUCUCGGUGUUUGCGCCAUCGGUCGACCCAUGUGUCUCCUGUUUGAAUUCAUGGCACGUGGUGAUUUGAAUGAAUUUCUGCGCCAAUGUUCUCCUUUCGCUCAGCAAAACCGUGCUGACAAUAUAAGCACGGAGCUAUCACAUGGUGACCUUCUGAGUAUUGCAUUCCAGAUUGCCUCCGGGAUGGUUUACCUUUCUGAGAGGAAAUUCGUGCACCGGGAUCUAGCCACACGGAAUUGUUUGAUCGAUGACAACAUGGUGGUGAAAAUAGCCGAUUUCGGUCUCUCACAUAAGAUCUAUCUGCAGGACUAUUACAAGGGUGAUGAGAAUGAUGCGAUUCCUAUUCGCUGGAUGCCACUGGAGAGUAUUCUCUACAAUAAGUACACCAUCGAGUCAGAUGUCUGGGCAUACGGCGUAUGCCUAUGGGAGAUUUUCUCCUUUGCAAUGCAACCGUACUACGGAAUGACCCACGAGGAGGUCGUCAAAUUUGUUAAGGAAGGCAACAUGCUCAGUUGCCCUGAGAACACCCCGCUCACAGUGUACGAUUUGAUGCGAAAGUGCUGGAGCAGGAAAUCGGUCGAUCGACCCAGUUUCCUCACUAUAUACCAAAAGUUGUAUCAGAUUCGUGCCGAUUUUGAAGGGAAACUGUUGAUGUAGUCUACCUCCGACGAGAAGCACUCUGCACGAACUGAUCUGCGUUUUGAAAAAGCACCACCAUUUCGCUUUAUCAUUGCGUUUACUGUUACUACUGUAAGGUUGGAGAGACUUUAUUUAAUUUUUUUACUGAUGUGAAUUAAGACUAUGAAAACUGGUUUUUCGGCUGAUUUUUUUAUCUUCAAUUUUACUAUUUUUAUGAGUAUUAUAUUCGAGUUAAGAUUUUUAAAUAUGCAAGCUGUCAUUGGGUUACAUUUUCCAUAUAGAAGAAAUCACACAGGUAACGGGAACAAACAUGCGUUAUGCCAUCUCUUCUACGCGAGACGCAGUUGACUAAAGUAGUUAAAUUACUCCAUUCGUCAAAAUUGAGUAUAUCAUCGCCUAGCCAAGUUUUGGUGAUAACAUUGACUAAAUAUUUCGUCACAUUCCUGUAUAAUUCCGGUUGUGUAAGUAUAUGAACAAGUCAUUGAAGUUAUUAAGUUUGUAACUGAAGAUUAGCACUCAAUGGAAUUGAUUCAAAAUAGCGAAAGAGUUGAAAAUAUACUCUGUUAGCUCCAUCCGCGCAGUUUCGAACUAACAUUAGGCAAAAUAUCUGCCCUGUUUUUUGACGAUACUGCAACAUUGGAACAACAUUUUUUUAAAUUUUCAUUGUAAAAUAUUAGAAAAUUGGGUGAGCGAUAGUGAAUCUUAAGCAGGUACCUUAAAAAGAUGCAGUGUAUCACAUUCUGGGAGGACCCAGGCAUACUAGAAAAAGUAAACAUUUCUUUAUAGGCUGAAAAACGUUUUAAUCUUGAAAAAGACUAAUUGAGUAGAAAAUGUAGGUAGUCUUGUGAAAGGAUAUUUAUGUUGAAAAACUAGGUAAACCAGGAGCUAUCGAGAUUUGUGACCUGAUCGAACGAAGGUUCAAGCCAAAAGUUUGAUAAUUCUUUACUUUUUCGGUCCCACAUAACACCAUUGUAGGGGCGGACAUAGCGUAGUUGGUAAGUCGAUUACCUUGUACGCAGCUCACCACCUGGGUUUGACUCCCAACCCCGCACAUAGGGUUAGAGAUUUUUCUAAGAAGAUUUUUUUUUCAAAAGGGACCAAUAACCAUAAAGUUAAAACCUCUAUAAUUGAAAAAAAAAAAUAACACCAUUGAAGUAUCGCCAUUAUAAUAAUUAUAAAAUUUACUAUAAUUCCUGUUUGACGGCCUCGUUUUUAAAAGGAUGUUCUGAAUAGAGAUCACUGUAACUAAGUACUCCCAUUAUCUGUGUGAUUUCGAUUCGACCAAAAACGUAUUAGUCUGACGCAUUCUGCAUUUGAUUCCAACAGCGCCCAAGUGAUUCACUGUAAUAGUAUUUUAUUUACCAACCAAGACAAAAUAGGGUUUCAUUGCUUCCGGGUAAUGUUAGGCGUAUUCGCUUUAUAAUUUACAUAAUUCAUCACAACGGAGCAAUAGCUAUUGUGCAUAUCGGUUAGUGUUCUUCUAUAAGCUAUUAGUUUUAACGAACUGAACAAUAAUUGAAGAAUCCUCUCUAUCUUGAUGCGUAGCUAUAUCAAUUAGUUUGUAGGUUUUUACUAGAUCUGUAGUUUAAGUAACGAUAGUUAUUUCGAUUGUAUAUUUAUUUCAUACAUUUAGCGCAACCAUAAUAAUUAUUUUGCAUUUUUUCUACAAAAAAAUGUAUUCCACUAGUGUAUAUUUUUGUUAACUAUGGACUAGGUGUCCUCAAUUCUAAUAUCUGCUUCCUAAGAUGCUAUUCCACUUCUUUAUCAAGUUCUAUCCCAAUUCUAUUUUGCUAAAAUGAAACCAAAUGUUUGGAGAUUAGAAGAAAAGGUUAUGGAAUUUUGUUGGUAAUAUCUAUAUUUUGAAAUCCACCUACCUACUCGCAUUUUGCUAUUUUUUAAAACCUGUGCGAUUAAUUAUACACUUCUAGUACAUACUACUGUUGCGUAAACCGACAAACCUUAUACAACAAAGCCAGAAACAAAAACGACUAAAGAUAGUACAGAAGAUUUUUUUCUAUUUUUGUAUAGCUAAGUAAGUAAACAGCGGAAAAUCAGAUGAAUUUUGUAGCACAAAAGUUAUCGACAAGCGGUGGCGACUGAACAUUAAGCAUGAUUUGACGGUGUUGAGUCUAUUGAAAUUGCUAGUAUUUUAUACAACUAAUCUACAUUAAUGUCUCACAAUUACCAUAAAUAAAAAAGAAGUGCUGCUACGGAAAAGAUGAAUCAAAAAGCUGCAAAUAGUGGACAUGACACGAGGAAAAUCCAAAGAGAGACCAUUCGAUAGUAUUAAGUGAGUAUACAGAUCUCCAAUGUAAAAUAUUUAAAAGGUGUUCCAAUGACAUAGAAUAUACAUGUGUUUGUCCCCAGAGUUAUACAAACUUUUGACAGAUAUACGAAUGACAUCCCGAAAACGAAUGUUCCAAUAUUUCUAAAUAUCAAAUGAUUGGGUGGGUUUCUUAGAUUUAAAAAAAAAAUAUGGAGUUGCCUUUGGUGGGAUGACCGUGUUAACACCAUUUGUUGGGGUUUAGUCGACUGUUGUUUAAAAGAUGCUACGAUUGUCACGAGCGAGUAAUAUGAGAGUGCGCACACGUGGGAAGCAAACCAAAUUUUUAACGCGCCCCAAAUUUUUUUCUGGCACUUUUUGGCAAACAAAAAUUGACACGUAU